UUCGUUUUCCUGGCCACGUAAGAUCACUAUUAUACGACGUAAAGGCUCUCUUUGUCUGUAGCCUUUCGUUUUCCUUUCGUUUACAUUUCCUUUGCUGUGUUCUGUUCACACAGAGCUAUUGAACCAAACAAUGGAGAGUGAUGAUGGUGAAGUAGUGAGUAACAAGCAGGUGAUUUUCAAGGACUACGUGCCUGGUAUCCUUCAAGAAUCAGACAUGUAUAUCACCACUGCUACCAUCAAACUCAAGGUCCCGCCUGAUACAAAGGGGGUUCUUGUCAAGAAUCUCUACUUGUCUUGCGAUCCCUACAUGAGAAUCCGGAUGAGAAAGGUCCAGGGCUCAUAUUUCGCACGUUCUUGUCAAGAAUCUCUACUUCCUAUAACUGGGCGUGGAGUGGCCAAAGUUGUGGAUUCAAGUCAUCCAGACUUCAAGAACGAUGACUUAGUGUGGGGAAUGACUGGAUGGGAAGAGUACAGUCUCAUAACAGCAACAGAGACUCUAUUUAAAAUUCAUGACAGAGAUGUGCCCCCUUCUUGUUAUCUUGGAAUUCUUGGUAUGCCUGGUCUGACUGCUUACGGUGGUUUUUAUGAGAUAUGCUCUCCUAAGAAAGGGGAGUUUGUCUUCGUUUCAGCAGCUUCUGGUGCUGUAGGUCAUCUUGUUGGCCAGUUUGCAAAAUUGUUAGGUUGCUAUGUUGUUGGAAGUGCUGGAAGCAAAGACAAGGUUGAUCUAUUGAAGAAUAAGUUUGGUUUUGAUGAUGCUUUCAACUAUAAGGAAGAGCCGGAUUUAGAUGCUGCUUUGAAAAGGUACUUUCCUGAAGGAAUAGAUAUAUACUUCGAAAAUGUUGGAGGAAAGACGCUUGAUGCAGUGCUGCUCAACAUGAGGGUCCAUGGGCGAAUUUCUGUUUGUGGAAUGAUCUCACAAUACAACCUUGAGCAGCCUGAAGGUGUGCACAACUUGAUGCAACUCGUUGUAAAACGAAUUCGUAUGGAAGGAUUCAUGGUUCAUGAUUAUUAUCACCUAUACUCAAAAUAUCUGGAAAUGGUCUUGCCUUUAAUGAAAGAAGGGAAAAUUGUUCAUUUGGAACACGCAGCACAAGGCCUCGAGAGUGCUCCAUCAGCUCUAGUUGGGCUCUUCACAGGCUGCAAUAUUGGGAAACAGGUGAUUGCAGUUGCUUAUGAAUGAUUUACUUCGUGUGUAGUAAUUAUAAUAAACCUUAGAUAUGUUAAGUCACUUUGCAGUGUGCGUGAACUACAGUAUGGUCGCUUUGUCACAUGAAUUUCGCUUGCCUUACCAUAAAUGAGUUGUGAAGUCGAUAAAUUUUAUAUUGUUGUUUCCGCACAAUUUUAUUUUACUAAAUUAAGGGUGUCAAAAACACGAAUGGCAUCUUUCGCA